UUGUUUUCCAGGAUGAAAAUUCAGAUGAACACUAUUCUGCUGCUUUGUGUCUUAGUGAUACUUUUCAUAGAAAUAGUUGGAGGUGCUGUAUGCCAUGGCUGUGAUUCUGUUAGACCUGAUGACUCGUGUGCUAAACAGCCAUUUGAGUGCACUAUAGACCACCUAUGGCAAUACUGCUACAUUCGAAAAGUUGCAAAAUUGGGAACGACUGUGCAGAUUGUCAAAGGUUGCACCUCAUACUGCCAAGCUGAGUACCGGGUUAUAAAGGUCUUCAGUUUUAAUACUUGGUGCUGCACAACAGACUACUGUAACUCAAUGCGUGUCUUGAAGUAA